AUGAUGGAUAAACUUGAAACCAAAUAUCUUCCUAAAGAUGGAAAUUCUUAUCUGUAAAAAUUCAAUUUAAAAAUUAUAAGAUUUAAGUUUGCAUCUCUGUACUAAUAAAAUAUAACUAUCAUGCUAUUGAUAUCAAAGUAACAAAAAUAAAUUAGGAAUCCUCAAAAUAACUAGAAUGGUUUGAGGAAUAUAGAAUUCUAUGUGUAAAAUUUAUAAUAUUAAUAAUUUGUGAGAAUAGUGUAAGAUGCUGAAUUAAUGAGGCCAUCUAGUCUUCAGUAAAACUGGUAGAUUUGUUUAGAAUUUUUGAUUAGAAGAAGAGCGACUCAAAUUUGGUAUAUCUUGUUAUUGUUUGAUUUAUCUGGAUGA